AUGUCCACCAAAUACACCAUUCGGAUACGCCUUGCCAUUGCGUUUCUCGCUAUCAUUGGGCUGGCCUUUGGUAGUCUUAACUCGGCCAUGGCGCGCUUCGCGAUCAUUCUACGGGACCGAGCGAAAGCCGAUAUCCCCACUCCCGAUAGAUCAAUUUCAGACAACACAUUCAGAAAUCUGAUGGAAAAUGUCCUCAUCGACGUCGUGAUUGCAGCGAUUAUAUCCACCUCAUUUGCUAUUACGGGAGCUGUACUUGCAGGCCACCCCAGAUGGCUGCGAGAGCAAGACAAUGCCUGGAUGUACUUCGGGUGCUUUCAAUGCAUCCUGAGCCUGGUCAUAAUAUCCACCGGGGGCUAUCUAGCCGACCACGUGCAUGGCUUCGAAACCUCCUUUAAAAGGUUUAGCGGUAAUGACAACUUUCAGUAUUACAACAUCAUGUACUAUGGAGGGGUUGGUCAGGCGGCUUAUGGGUCUCUGAUGAUAUUCAUGGCCAUUGCAUCCUUUGUCGCUUUUUCGAUCUCUGACCGUCAGAAAAGAGAUAUUCAGCCGGUCGAAACAAUACAGCAAUCAGAGCAGUUUCAUUUACGUGGGUCCUCUCGGGUUUAG